AUGGGUCUCAUUAAACUUCUUCUCAAAGUCAUCUUUGUCCCCAUCGUUGUUCUCAUUGUCAUCGCGAUCGCUAUUGGCAUCUGCAUUAAGAUGCGUCGAGACAAGAAGAAGGAAGAGGAAGAGGUCCAGCGACGAGGCUUUCAACCCCCUCCUGUGACGCAAUGGGUCUAUCCAGAUCAACUACAGAGCCCUGUACAGAAGCCGACGCCGGUUGUCUAUCCGAUGCAUACGCCGGGGCAAAUGGAGGCAGGGAUUGUCAGGCCUGGACCGUGA